UAUUUUGAACUAUAAUCAGGGGCACAGCCCAUGAGGGGGUCAAGGUGGGAGGUCGUACGUUGUCAGGUGGUCUGAGCUGGGCUCCAUGCACUGUGUGUGUCUGCAAGCAGACAAGCAGAGACAGUAAUCCUUUAAGAGGAUCACCUUUGAAAGAAGAAGGUGAACAAGGAGAUGCAUGGAACACAAGAGGAGUACAAGGUCCUUCCUGUCAAAUAUAUAAUCACCUUUAGUUUAGAACCUUUAGUUCUUCAUGCAACUUUAUGAUGGAACGUAAGAGAGGGAGUUAAGCGAGUAUAAGAUGGCGCCGGCACUGCUGGAGGUUCUGUGCAGCCUGGCGGGCUGGUUCGCUAUGUACAAGUUGCUGUGCCGGGUCUCGCCUCAGCGCGGGCCCGAGUGGAACUGUCGACUGGUCACGCUAACACACGGCUUCGCUAUGGUGAUGCUGACGGCGUACGUGGUCUUCGUGGACGGACCCUGGCCCCUCACACAUGCAGGUAGCGAGAACACGGCUCUGCAGACCUCUGCGCUCUGUGUCUGCCUGGGCUACUUCCUGUUCGACAUGGCCUGGUGCGUACGCUUCGGCAGCGAGGGCGCCGUCAUGCUGGGCCACCACGCCGCCAGCAUCGUCGGCAUCCUGCUCCCGCUGCUGACGGGCGUGUCGGCAUGCGAGACGUGCGCCGUCAUCUUCGGCAGCGAGCUCACCAACCCUCUGCUGCAGGCCCGCUGGUUCCUGCGUCGGCUGGGCCGCUACGACAGCCCGCUGGGCGACGCCGUCGACCUGCUCUUCAUCUUCCUCUUCGCCACUGUGCGGGUGGGCGUAGGCGCCGCCAUGUUCUAUUGCGAGCUGACCUCGCCCAGGACCAGUCUGGUGAUGAAGCUGGGCGGCGUGGUCAUGUACGGGCUGGCGUGGGUGUUCAUGGUGGACAUCGGCAGGUUCGGGUACAAGAAAAGUCAGAUGCGCUACAGACAGUGGCAAGAGAAGCGCAAAAAUUCCAAAGUGGACGGAUAUCAUUUAGACAGUAAAGAUCAACGAAGUUGACUUCUCAGGGUUUCCCCUUUGAAGGAGCCCUGGAAAUGGACAAAAUGACCUGAACAUGGCCACUUCAAACCAAAAUGUUUGUUUUACAGCAUGGUUUCUUGAGACUUUUUUGUAGGUCUACUCAUGGCAAACAUGCCUGCCAACUUACAUGUUACUUAGUAAAACCAGCUACACGGGUUGACAUUUCCAAAUUGUGGAUUUUAAAGAACCCCUGGAAAUGUCCCUAAAAUGUCUGCUUCAUAGCAAAAUGGCUGACUCCCUGUGACUUUUCUGGCAUGGCUUCUUCAGACUUUUCUGUGUCUACUCCUUAUUGACAUGCCGGCUAAAUUUAAUGUUCCUGAGAAGACCUGGCUUUGCGGGCCGAAUUUUCAAAAUUGUGGGGCAGAACCUUGCGUUUUUAAACAACCCCUGCCAAUGACCCUAAAAUGGCUACUUCAUAACAAAAUGGCCAAGAUCCUGAGUCCUUUCAGGCAUAGCUUCUUGAGACAUUUUUGUGGGUCGACUCAUGAUUGGCAUGCCUACCAAAUUUCAUGUUGUUGAGAAAAAUUGGGGGCAGAAUAUUCAAAACUAUGGAAUUUCAAGAUUUUUGGAUUAAUUGCAUUUUCAUUCAUUCAUGGGGGAAAGAUGAUUUGAAAGAGUGUUUUGAGUUACGAGCGUAGUCACGGAAUGAAUUGAGCUCGCAAUCUAAAGGCACUGCUCUCUAUAUAUAUAUAUAUAUAUAUAUAUAUAUAUA